AUGUCACACCUGUCGCUACCGGCGAGGCGGCCAGGCGCAGCAGCGACGCGGAGGUCGUCCUCGCCUGCCAGCGUCGUGUGUGAGUGUUUGAGACCUUUGGUUGGAGCGGCGCAGUGGCAGGCAGUGCCUCGUGUAGCGUGCUCCCGCUGCCCCACCACAGGCGCCAGCGCCGCGCGGGCCUUGACGGCGCCCACGCCCAGACGAAAAAUAACCGCCCACAGGAGAAAAGGGCUUCAUACGUUUCCCUCAGACCCGUCGCGGGAGCUGGGGCUGGGUUUCGGUACGCAAACAGGCUCGGCCCGGAACGACCUCGCUGCUGCAGCGUGUGCGGAGGAUGACGUGCCUCCCGCGUCACAAACCCAAAAGGCUGCUUCAUCGGCAGUGGCCUCCUCCUCGGCGAGUUACAUCUCUCCAGGGGCCGUGCGGACCACCUCCGAGGCGGCAACCGUUGUUGCCGUGCAUCGUGCAGCUGCGGCUGCAGGUGUCAAUGAGGAUAGUGGAAAAAAAUUACGCGAGUCAUUGAGUCGGCGUGGGUUGUCGGUCCACGCGACACCGUUUUGUCCGCGCGCGGCCACCGCCCUGAGUGUGGUGUCGAGAGCGGAGACGUCCGAAUUGGGGCCUUUUUUCCCGUCUCAACAUGCGCAGCAGCCGGAGGUGGGUAGUCGUCAGCCUUGGCGGACCCGCGCGCCAGCCCCGGAGUUUCCCCGCACGCCUUUGGCCAGCGAAUUGACGGGCGUCCGCCUCCCCACCACGUCGUGCAAUGUCGCUAGUGCUACUCUUCUUCAUGUUUCUUCUGUGGCGUCAUUUGGUGGUGGCGAUUCCUUGCAACUAUCAACCUCUCUACCGUCACCUUUGCCUGCGGCAACCACUCUGUACAGACCGCAGGUGCAGCAACAACAACAUGUGCUUCACUAUGCGUUCAGAGUCGGUGGUAGCAGUUCCGAUACCCUUUUUUCUCCCUCCGACAUGAGAGAAGGGAGCUUGGACAACGAUGUUCGCCACCGCCGUGUUCCCUUCACGGAUGCCGAGGCGAUGGACGAAGCCGCCAUGCUGCACUUGCUGCGCGGCAGCAGUAGCAGCAGUAGUGUCGCCUACCACGACGAUGAUGAUGAUGAUGAUGAUGAUGCCGUCUGCAUGGAACAGCUACCGCAUCUGCUCACGCUUGAUGCUGCUGCGACGCUGCAGACAAGCCUGGAUGCCGGCCACUACGCAGGGGGAUUUUGGGACUUGGAGGGUCCCUCUGCUGCCACGCGACGCUUUCUGCACCGGGGCGCCUCGUCCACAGCCUCCCUCGCCUUGACUACGCAGAGCAGCGGGGGAUCACCCACCGGCCCGCUGAGGAACGGUGCGACCAGGCGCUGGAGUGGUGGAAGCGGUUUCAACAACGACGGCGACGAUGAUCUCUGGGAGAUGAACAGUAGCGCAUACGCGGACAGCCUGGACGACGCCCAGGUGGAGUGGAUCGAACAGCAGCUACGCGCCAAGGAAAACCCUGACGAUUUCUUCUUUUGA